CCUUCAACAACCUUCUUCUCAAGUUGCUACUAUUGCUGGAGAACGUAUACGUUUGAAUAUUAGCAUCAAUUUUAAACAAAAUGUCUAGUGGAGCCUAUCAUGUAAAGGUAAAAAUUGGAAACUACAAUGAGGAACAAUGGGAUCAACAAUUUGCAAAGAAGGAGGCUCCUCCGAGAUUAUUAGGACUUCAACACAAUACCUACCAAACAACCUAUUCGACAGAACAUUCAAUUCAUAAUUCCCUCGAUAGAAGGAAGGUUGAAAAUCUUACUCGAAGUGUCAAUGUAAAUUCUCUCAAAUUAAGGGAAAGUUCAAAAGUUACAGAUGAUAAUCAACAAGUAUUUUCAAAGGCCUUCCCAGGGCAUCAACCAGAAUUGGACCACAACAAUAAGCAAGUACUAAACCAGGAGAGGAGUAAUGAAGAGGCCUACUAUCGUAGCACUUCUGCUGCCACCUAUUCAAAUCCUAGAAAUUCUCCAAUACCUAAAGAAACCCUCACUUAUUUACCUCCAAACCAAUUGAAUGAAUAUAGAAAAACAUGGACCUCGAAACAAGCAAGAGAUAUGCACUCAGAGUAUCAGAGAGAGCAUGGAUCAGUAGCUGACAAAAGAACAGCCGAAUAUAAUAAACGUUAAAUGUAAAAUAAU